UCGGCAGCAUCAUCCGCGGCUGCGGGGCUGACACACGCCUCCAUCCUCCUCUCCCCCGGCAGCCGCUCACACGCGCCUCGCCGCGGGCGGAGCGGAGCGGGGGGCGCCGCGGCAGACAAAGCAAAGAUGGCAGGGAUCCUCGCCUGGUUCUGGAACGAGCGGUUCUGGCUGCCGCACAACGUCACCUGGGCGGACCUGCAGAGCACGGAGGAAGCCGCCUUCCCGCAGGCGGAGGACCUCUACCUCGCCUUCCCCCUGGCCUUCUGCAUCUUCAUGAUCCGGCUGCUCUUCGAAAGGUUCAUUGCUAAACCAUGUGCCUUAGGCCUUAAAGUCCAAGCCAAUGGACCACAGAAAGCUCAACCUAAUGCUAUUCUGGAAAAAGUUUUCACAGCUAUUACAAAGCACCCAGAUGAGAAGAGGCUGGAGGGCCUCUCCAAGCAGCUGGACUGGGAUGUACGCAGCAUUCAACGUUGGUUUCGACAAAGACGCAACCAGGAAAAGCCCAGCACUCUUAGGAAGUUCUGUGAGAGCAUGUGGAGAUUUACAUUUUACCUUUAUAUAUUUACCUAUGGAGUACGGUUCCUGAAAAAGACACCCUGGCUCUGGAAUACCAGACAGUGCUGGAACGGGUAUCCAUAUCAGCCACUGAUGCCUGACCUUCAUUACUACUACAUAGUUGAAUUGUCAUUCUACUGGUCCUUAAUGUUUUCUCAAUUCAUUGACGUCAAAAGAAAGGAUUUUGGCAUCAUGUUUACACAUCACAUUGUAGCAGUCACCCUGCUUACCUUCUCAUAUGUAACCAAUUUGACACGAGUGGGAACCUUGAUCUUGUGUCUCCAUGAUGCGGCUGAUAUUGUUCUAGAGGCUGCCAAAAUGGCAAAUUACUGCAAGUGUCAAAAGCUGAGUGACCUUCUGUUCCUUACAUUUGCCAUUGUCUUCAUUGUCAGUAGGCUUGGCAUAUAUCCCUUAUGGAUAUUAAACACAACAUUAUUUGAACUGUACGAAGCUCUGGGCAAUUUUCCUGCCUUGUGGGUCUUCAAUGUGCUUCUUAUGGUUCUUCAAAUUCUGCACUGUUUGUGGUCUUACCUAAUCAUAAAGGCAGCCUACAAAGCUAUUUCAAAGGGCAAGGCUGGGAAGUGGAAUCCCUUGCAGGUAGCAAAGGAUUCCCGAAGUGACGUUGAGUCAAGCUCAGAUGAGGAAGAAACAGUACCUCGCUCAAAGGCCCCGCACAGCACUAUCGCCAGUAAUGGGACCAGCGGUGCCAAUGGGACAAAUGGGUAUCUUACUGGUGGCACUUGCUCAGAGGAGCAUUAAUCCUUGAGUUCAAUCAUGAGACACGAACAGAAUGAACUGUUUGCUACUGGAAGUAAACUAUUAAGUUGUGAAUGCAGUUUCUUCAUGUAUCUCAGCAUCAGAAAAAAAUAGGAGUAUCAAAGCAUUCUGAUAGCGCACUGCCAUAUUUCCUGUUUGUGAAUGAAGACAGCACACCAUUCUGUAUACUUAGGCAUGCUGUAUGUGUAUGUAACUGACACAAUGGGAGCAGUAUUUUCACUUGUACUGUCUUGGAAAUAUUAUUUAUUUUGUAUUCUUUUGGGAAGUUCUGGACAAAAGGGAAUAUCCAUUCUGAAACUUUCUAUCUUGGAUUCUCAGUGGUGGAGAGCAUCAUGCUCAGAUCUCUUCUGUCCAUCACUGAUGCUUUUGCUGAAUCUGCUAUAAGUAAUAGUUGCUUAAUUUGUUACUUACAGUAAGAUAGAGCAUAGCUUUUUAGAUUUUAGAUCUGCUUCAGAUAUUUUUGCUAUCUUUGUGUUUUAAAGUACUGGUUUUGAAAUUGCCUAUCAAAUCACAGUGACUGUUCGGCCAACAUUAAGUUUUAAAACAUUGGAUCAAUAUUUUAAAUAGUAGGUAAUGUGGUUAAUUAGCAAUUUGGGGAAAAAAACGUGGUAAUUGUGGGAUGUUAUUUUAGCAUAAUUUGAAAUUCAAUUUGGUGGUUAAUUGCAUUAGAAUUAGACUUGAUUUGUUGUGCAAAUACCCAAACACAUUGAUGUCAACAUUUAGGGUAAACGCAUUCUCACUUUUUUUUUGGCCUUUCAAUUUUUCACCUCUACAGAUUUCAGCUUUUUGCAGAGAUUCCAUGUAAAAAGGUGUUUGUUCAGGUGCAUCGUUGUGAAUCCAGACCUCACUCCUGAAAUUGUUCUUGCCUAUUCUCAUGAUUGAGAGCAGGGGUGUAAUGGGAAAAAGAGCAGAUGAAAAGCUCAUUGCUUCCUCAGACACAGUUCAGUCUACAUAUUUUUCUUAAAAUUAUUGCCACUCCCUUGGUAAGGUAAAGAAGAGAAGGCAAAAUGCCAUACAUUACUAGAAUUAGUUUAUUUUAAAUGUGUGAAAACUUGAGCAAAAUUCAUUUAACAUAAUUCACAGCAACCUUUGAUUGCUCAGCAGUAUUUCAUCACCUCUACAAAUAAAAUUAAGGGUGUCUGUAAAAUAAUUUUGUACUCCUUUUUUCUCCAGGAUUUAGCAACAAAGUCCCAAAGAAGACAAAGUAACACCCAAAGUAAACAUCUUUUUAAACAUUAUAUACAUACUUCUUCCAGUCUCUAGAUCAAAGUUUGAUGUAGGAUGCUAAGGAUCAUACAACUCUUGCAGGACACUUUUCUGUGAUUUGUAACAGCAGUGCCAAAAGUAGGCAGGGUUUUUGGGUAGCAGACUCUAUGCAACCUACUGUUCAACAGUGCUGUGUGUGUGCACACAGAACCAAUGUGCUUGUAGACCAAAGACUUACAUAUAUAUGUAUUUUUAAAAACAGUUUAAAAAAAAGAAGGAAGGGACAAAUCAGGAAAAAAAAAUCCUAAGUGUGUCUUCUGUAUUCAAAGGGAUUGGAGUGCUGUGUUCAGCUGGAACUCUGAGCCAGGAAGUCUUUCUGAUUCCUUCCACCUAUGCAAAUAGCAAAAUAUACAUGGCUUCUGAUGCCAUAAAACAUGUUUAAAGACUCUCUUUUAUACAGACUCCAGCAAAGAAAGUUGUGUUGUCACUUCUUUCUUUUGAAAACUGAGAUUUGUCCUAUUCCACUGGUCACUCUUGAAAACUUCUGAAACCUUUAUUAUCCAUAAAGACUCUUGUGUAUUACGAAAAACACACUCUUGUGUGUUUACUUUUGUGCUAAAAAUAGUUGAAAUAAAGGUAAGAAAACUGAAAAAUUAUAAAUCAUGGAAGAAGAUAUAUCAGUUUUACUACUUACAGAGCACCUUUUUCAGAAGUCAGGUAGCCUUGUAAUUCAGCAGCUGCAGCCUAUAUGUCCAUAUCUGAGGGAGCAAGAGAGCCUUAUUUAAACCUCUUUCUCCUCCAAAAGUUUUUCUGCCUCUAAUUUUUCUCUUCUCCUGUGCAUUUGAUUUCGUAACUGGCAGGGCAGGUUAUACAUCUGAAAAUAUACCAAUUGCAAUAGAAAGUAGCCCACCUAUGCUGUUUGAAGUCACAGCUGUGUAGUAAUUACUGUCAAAAUGAUACCAAGAUUUUGAAAUAAAAUCAUCCUGGGAUAUAUUUAAUGAACAUUAUAAUUUGUGAAAUAUGACCUGCUGCUAUGGUAAUUGAGAAUAUCAGUUUAAACACAUCCCUUCCAUGGUGUUGAUUAUUACCUCCACUGAACCGUUUCCCUUCUGCAAAGAUGGUUACAAAAAUGGCAUUAUGGCAAAAUACUUUGUCUUACAUGAGAAUAUUGCUCUGAACCAUCAACAUGCGCAAUAGACAACAUACUGCCAUGUUGCUGAUGCCAGAACAGAGAGCAGUUCCCAACAACAAUCCUUGUGCAAGAGGCCUUCAGUCUCUGUUGGCCCUCCCCAGCAAUGCUCUGUAGUGUUGAUUCAGAUUUACCGUCAAGGCUACAACCCUUGAGAUGAUUUACCAUCACUGGCUAUGUAUCAUUUUAGUGUAUCAUAGAAUCAUAGAAUGUUAAGGGUUGAAAGGGAUCUUAAAGAUUAUCUAGUCCCAACCCUCUUUGCCAUGGGCAGGGACACCUAACACUCGACCAGGUUGCUCAAGGCCUUAUCCAGCCUGGCUUCAUCCAGCUACCGGGGCUGGGGCAUCCACAACCUCCCUGGGCAAUUUGUUCCAGUGUCUAACCACCCUCACAGUAAAGAAUUUCUUCCUAAUAUCUAGCCUGAAUUUUUUCUCUUUCAGUUUGUAUCCACUACUCAUUGUCCUGUCACUACAGUUCCUGAUAAGAGUCCCUCUCCAGCUUCCCUGCAUAUCCCCUUCAGAUACUGGAAGGUUGCUAUGAGGUCUCCACACAACCUUCUCUUCUCCAGGCUGAACAGCCCAAACUUUCCCAGCCUGUCUUCACAGGGGAGGUGCUCCAACCCUCUUAUCAACUUUGUGGUCCUCCUCUGGACUUUCUCCAACAUUUUCACAUCCUUCUUAUGCUGGGGUCACCAGGGCUGUACACAGCACCCCAGUAGGGCCUCACAAGAGCAGAGCAGAGGGGUAGAAUCAUCUCCUUCAACCUGCUGGCCAUGGUCCUUUAGAUGCAGCCCAGGACACUGUUGGAUUUCUGGGCUGUCAGCACACAUUGCCAGCUCAUGUUGAGUUUUCUUUAAUCACCACCCCCGAGUCUUUCUCCACAGGGCUGUUCUCAGUCACUUCUCCACCCAACCUGUAGGUGUGUCUGGGAUUGCCACAACUCCCAUAUACGACCUUGCACUUGGAUUUACUGAACUUGAAGAGGUUUUCAUCAGCCCACCUCUCAAUAGUGUCAAGGUCCCUUUGGAUCCUCACUGGUAAAGAGUGCAUCUGGGACUGAAACUCUUCCUUUGAGGUUUGAAAUUCACUUUCAUCUAUGAUACACUAAAGCAUAUACACAGUUAUCUUGGUUCAGGUAACUCCAAAUGACUUACUUAUCCCCUAUAAACCUGGCUUUUUGGAGUUAAAUACAGAUAAGUUUAAUAUAAAAGUUUAAAACAGAUAUGUCUGGAAAAUAGAUGAGGUAAGAGAUUCAAAUGACACAUUUGGGGAAAUGGGAUAAGAGUAAGGAAGCACUGAGAACUUCACUAACCUUUGCUAAACAGUCACUGAUCUUUCAAGCUAGAAGUUUUUAAAUAAAAAUUAGGAAUUCAAACAUUUUUUUCUCUAGUGGGAAGGACCAAGUGUUUUAGUGAUCAGACACAGCAGUGUGCUUCGAUUCAUUGCUUUAACCAAUGGUUGUCAAAACUUUGGCAUCUUCCACUCUGCAGAGAAAAUGCUGUGCAAUUAUUUCCUUUUUUAUUUGAAUUUGUCUGCUUUUCUGAUGAAGAGCUUUGCAAGAUGCAUUUGGAGGCCAUCGAAUAUGUAGAGGUUAAUUGCACAUGUUCCAGAAAAUUGUCUGAAAUUAUUCGCAUGAUUCAUGGUAAAUGUGAGACCUUAGAAGGUUCUAUAUGUUCAUACCUUUUGUAGAAUCGUCAUUUUAGUAAUUUUAGAAAUGAGGGUUUGUACUCUAUAACCUCUUUGUCUUCAAGUUCUAUGCUCCCUUUUUAUAGUACAGUACACGAUGCAGUGGUUGAGAUGUUGAAGUAGAAAAAUGAGGAAAUUAUAUGUAGAGUUGAUUAGUAAAUAGUAAGAAUUUGUCUUCUCUUCCUAGACAGCCCAGAAUAUAGUAAAAUAAAAUUCAGGUCACCCUUUAUUUUACUGUUUCCCAUAUUGGCAUAUUUUGUACCAAAAGAAAAAUAUAUGAUGGGUUGGUGUUUUUUUUCUUAUUAAAACCAAAUUGCAGAAAAUGGGAAAUAUCUGGACAAACAACAAGGGUGGACACCGGAGUCUUUUGGGUCUUGGAUCAGUGUUAAAUAGUGCUAGUUUUAAAAUACCAAAGCGUCUCAUGCUGUUUCCUUGUUGCCCUUUUGUAGUUUUUUCUAUGUGUUAUUUAUUUAAUGAUUCCAGCAGAAUUGGUACAGGUGUCACAGCUUCAUGUGCUCCUGUCUCAGCCUGUGACUGUUCUGUGACCACAUGGUUGCCAAUAUCAAAUGCUUUUUCUGAGACCCAAGUACAUGCACUAAAGCUUUGCUUACAGUGAAGUGAUUCUUGUCUUAAAUCUGUAUCUGUUUCAGGUGAAAAUCACUUUCUGGUUCUGAACAGGACAUGAUGGCAACAGCCGUUCCUCUGCAGCACAUGUCAGUGGUGAUCAAUGCUGGUUGAUUUAGUCACUGUGUGUGUUUUAUGCAGUGCUCUAGUAGGAAGCCUAAUGCCUGUUUCAUUCAUCCUCCCAUUAUCACAGCCUUCUGUAUCUUAGAGAAAUUGGUUUUCUACAGUUGAUGCUUUGGUAUUUUUUUAAUCUCUUUGCUACAACUCAUUUUUAUAUGUCUCCUAUUGUCUACUUCCUGUGACAUUUGGGGGAGAGGAGCUACUGAAUAAUUUUUACCCUUCCUGUAAUGUAGACCCUAUUAGGCCUAACUUCAGUAUUCUGCAAACUACAGUUGCCUUUAAACCAUGAAGCAAAACCAGUUUGUAUUACUUGCUUUGACUGGUUUUGAUUUCGAACAGGGACCUAAUGGGAACUUCAGUAAGAUGAUGUUACUCUUUUUUUCUUUUCCUUUUAAAAAGCACUAGUGGAACUUUGGAAAGGUGGUGUGCGUGUAUAGCCUUUAAAUUGUAAAGAUUUCUGAUUGUAGUUGCAAUGAAAACACAGUGUUUGAGUGUCUCUGUACAGAAUUCUCAGUCUUUAAAAUUGCUUUCAAUUAAAAAACAGGAGGAAAUACUAUGAAAUGGUGUUUUGGAGCAAUGUCAGUGAUCACACAUGUCAGACAGAUGGCAAAAACGAUUGUCUUACCUGGCUUAAAAUUAUCUGUGCAACAAUACGCAUUUUCUGGCUUCUCUGGAGCUUCAGCUUCUUGCAGUUCUGGGGUUUAAUUUUAUACACGAGCUCUUAUACCAUACUGUGCAUGUUGACUGUUGCAAGUCAGGGUGAGGCAGAUGACACACUUUCACCUGUGUUUUCAUGACAAUCCUGUGCUUGAGCAACUCUUUCAGAAAUUCAGUGAUGUGUAGGAAUUCCACUGUCCUGGAUACAGUGAUACACUAGCUAAAAGUCCUUUCAUGUACAGCUGUUGUGUAGAACUUUUGGAGUUAUUUUGUGUUUAAUUUGACUGGGUUUGGGUUUGUUGGUUUGAUUUUUUUUAUGGAAAAUAAUUAUUCCUCAUAAAAUCUCUGGAACUAACCAGUAUUGUGGGCUAUUUUAUUUGGAGACACUUUCAUAAUAAACGUAAGUAUUAGGAAUGUA